AUGACUACACUAGCAGCAAGAGUGGAAGCCGUCUUGAACUCGCGACCAUUAGUAGCCCCGUCAGCAGAUCCAAAUGAUUUUCGGGCUCUGUCACCAGGUGAUUUUUUAAUUGGCCACCCGUUAGUGGACAUACCUGAAUCUGACGUCACGGCAGUUGCACAAAAUAGAUUGACGCGGUGGGAGUUACUCCGUCAGAUGUACCAAUCAUUUUGGAAGCGUUGGUCUACCGAAUACCUUACAUCAUUGCAAGGUCGAUCUAAAUGGUUAGACAACAAACCAAAUAUUAAGGUUGGUGAUUUAGUAUUGGUGCAUCAGCCCAACCAACCACCCAUUCAGUGGAAACUUGGUCGGAUUGAACAUACGCACCCCGGUUCAGAUGGAGUAGUACGAGUUGCGACAGUACGUACUGCCACCGGAACAUUAGUGAGGCCAGUGGUUAAACUAGCCAUACUUCCUAUCGAAUCUCAAUAA